AUGUCCUAUUGUGACAUUUGGCCAUCAAUAUUGAUUUUACGAACUGUGUCAAAUCGGGAACUCACUUCUUUCUUUCUUUCUUUCAUUCAUUCUUUCUUUCAUUCUUUCUAUAUUCCCUUCCUUCUUUCUUUCUUUAAAUUCCUUCUUUCUUUCUUUAAAUUCCUUCUUUCUUUCUCUCUUCUUUCUUUCUUUCUCUGGGUCUUUCUUUCUUUCUUUCAUUAUUUCUUUCUUUCUUCCUUUCAUCCUUUCUUUCUUUCUUUUUAUCUUCCCUUCUUUCAUUCUUCCCUUCUUUCGCUCAUUUUCUCACUGAAACCAAGAGACGAUAAAGACUUCUAUCGUCUCUUCUCUUUUUCGCCUUCAUUUUCUUCCUUCCUUUCUUUCUUUCUUUCUUUCUUUCUUUCUUUCUGCCUUCCUUUCUUUCUAGCUAAAUCCCCAAGGCCAUUGAUAUCUAUCUAUCUAUCUAUCUAUUCAUAUAUAUUUCAUUCUGUUCAUAUUUAUCUUCCUCGGUCUGUUCAUAUCUAUCUCUCUAUCUAUCGACCUCACUUCAUAUCUAUUCAUUCUGUAUUUAUUUCAUUACCUACCUAUCUAUCUAUCUAUCUAUCUAUCUUAGUCUUCUGUAUAUAUCUACCUUUUUUACUUUCUCUUUAUUUCUUCCUCGGUCUAAUCAUUUCUAUCUAUUUAUCUAUCUAUCUCCGUUCAUUAUCUAUCUAUCUAUCUAUCUAUCUAUCUAUCUAUCUAUCUAUCUAUCUAUCUAUUUCCGUUCAUUAUCUAUCUAUCUAUCUAUCUAUCUAUCUAUCUAUCUAUCUAUCUAUCUAUCUACCUCCGUUCAUUAUCUAUCUAUCUAUCUCUCUAUCUAUCUAUCUAAUAACUAGCCAUUUGAAUCAUCUCCAUUACAUUAUUCCCUUGUCUUUACAAACCCCUCAUUUCUUCUCUUACACGUCGCUGUCGCUUCCUUUCUUUUCUUUCCGACUCACUUUUGUUUCUAUCUAUCUAUCUAUCUAUCUCUUUUCAUAUCUAUCUAUCUAUCUAUCUAUCUAUCUAUCUAUCUAUCUAUCUAUCUACUCCAACCGCAAUUCAUAUCUAUCUAUCUCUUUUCAUAUCUAUCUAUCUAUCUAUCUAUCUAUCUAUCUAUCUAUCUACUCCAACCGCAAUUCAUAUCUAUCUAUCUACUCCAACCUCAAGUCAUAUCUAUCUAUCUAUCUAUCUAUCUAUCUAUCUAUCUAUCUAUCUAUCUAUCUAUCUAUCAUAUCUCUUUUCAUAUCUAUCUAUCUUCUAUCAUAUCUAUCUAUCUAUCUAUCUAUCUAUCACUAUAUCUCUAUUCAUAUCUAUCUAUCUAUCUAUCUAUCUAUCUAUCUAUCUAUCUAUUCUGUCUGUUCAUAUCUAUCUCUAUGUCAGUCAUUUUUUCAUUCUCUCUAUUUCAAUCUCUUUCUUUCUAUCUCUAUCUAUGCCAUUCUGUUCAUAUCUAUCUAUCUAUCUAUCUAUCUAUCUAUCUAUCUAUCUAUCUAUCUAUCUAUCUCCGUCUGUUUAUAUCUAUCCCUCUAUGUUAGUCAGUUUCUUUCAUUCUCUGUAUUUCAGUCUGUUUCUUUCUUUCCUUCUAUCUAUCUAUCUAUCUAUCUAUCUAUCAGUCUGUACAUAUCUAUCUAUCUAUCUAUCCCAUUUUAUAAUAUCAAUCUUCUCUUCAUAUCUAUCUAUCAAUCUAAUUCUCGUCACAUCUCUGUCUGUAUAUGUUCAUAUAUAUCCUUCUCAUUCAGUCUAUCUAUCUAUCUAUCUAUCUAUCUAUCUAUCUAUCUAUGUUUUUUCUCUUCAUAUCUUUCUGUCUAUAGAUACUCAUAUCUACCCUGUUAUCUUAUUUAUAUCAAAUGGUAUGAAUACCAUUUGAUGUCUCUUUUCUUUCCUUCAUGUUAA